AUGUCUGCGCAGGCCAACGGCAAGACCCCCUCACAUGCUUUCAGCAGCUCGCCUUUCCGCACGCGCGCCGAUCUCCAAUCGGCAUGCCGUGCUCUGCUUGACCCUUUGCUACCCCUCUUUACCCCAGGUUGUAGUCGUGUCAAGAUAGGCUCAUCCACGACUCGAUUCGAUGAGGGUGGCGCCCAAAUCGAAGGAUUUGCCCGUCCACUUUGGGGCCUGGCCUCUCUUCUCGCUGGCAACUAUGACUAUGCGGAAGCUGCACGAUGGCGCGAGGGAAUCAUUAACGGCACCGACCCUGAGAGCCCGGAAUAUUUCGGUGAUAUUGAAGAUCUUGACCAGCGCAUGGUGGAGAUGUGCCCCAUAGGAUUUACACUUGCUGUUGCGCCGCAUAUUUUCUGGGAUCCGUUGUCGGAAAAACAAAAGGAUAAUGUGACAAAAUGGCUUAACAGUAUUAACGCACGCGAGAUGCCUAAUACGAACUGGCUGUGGUUUCGGGUUUUUGCAAACCUUGGGCUGAAAAGUAAUGGCGCUUCCUAUUCGCUGUCGCGCAUUGAGGCGGACAUGGACCAUUUGGAUACUUUCCACGUGGGAGGUGGUUGGAGCAAUGAUGGUCCCAAAAGUCACCACCAGAUGGAUUAUUACUCCGGCUCGUUUGCAAUCCAAUUCUUGCAACUUUUAUACUCCAAAUUAGCAGGGGACUUCGAUUUCGAGCGGGCUGCGCGGUACCGUCAACGAGCUAAGGAGUUUGCUAAGGACUUUGUGCACUACUUUAACCCAGAUGGACGUGCCAUUCCAUUCGGUCGCUCAUUGACCUAUCGCUUUGCUAUGGUCGGAUUUUGGGGUGCCCUGGGCUUUGCAGAUGUUGAGCUACCAGAGCCAUUGACCUGGGGCGUAGUGAAGGGUAUUCUACUCCGCAACUUUCGCUGGUGGGCUACACAGAAGGAUAUCUUUAAUAAUGACGGCACCCUGAACCUCGGAUACUCCUACGCCAACUCUUAUUUAACGGAGAACUACAACUCCCCAGGGUCUCCCUACUGGUGUUGUCUCUCAUUCAUUCCCCUGGCAUUGCCAGAGACACACCCAUUCUGGACUUCAGAGGAAGAGCCCUACCCGACCGCUGCCCUUCCUGAGAUUGUAGCUCUCAAAUACCCAAAACAUAUUGCUAUCCGUCGAGGUGGACACUCAUUCCUACUAUCCUCUGGACAAGCUUGCCACUACCCGAUGAGAGCAACACAUGCCAAGUACGGAAAAUUUGCAUACAGCUCUGCAUUUGGAUACUCCGUUCCGACCGGUUCCUACCAGCUGGAGCAGUACGCCCCAGAUAGCAUGUUGGCAUUAUCAGAUGAUGGGGAAUUCUGGAAGACAAGGCGACUGGCCGAGAACGCGCAUUUUGAAGAGCCUGGCCAAGACGGCCUACCCGUCCUCGUCUCCAAGUGGAACCCCUGGCCUGAUGUUGAUAUUGAGACGAUUUUGAUUCCACCAGCAUUGGAAACCCCGAACUGGCAUCUUCGUGCACACCGCGUGCGCACUGGCCGAGCUCUACAGAGCUCGGAGGGAGCUUUUGCUAUUUACGGAUGUCGUAGCGAUAACGGCCGCACGCUGGGCCCAUUAUCGGCAGAUGAGGCGGAAGGCACUAUCAGCGAUGAAAGUGGUGCGUUGGUCGUGUCAUCAGCCGGAGCUGUUGGCAUCACGGAGCUUCAUGCUUCCAUUCCGCGGGAGGGCCGGAUUGUCCUGGCGGACCCGAACUCGAAUAUCAUCCAUGGUCGUACACUCCUGCCUUCCCUGGCCAUCGAUCUAGUGCCCGGGCAAGACAAUUGGUUUGUGACUGCCGUUUAUGCACUGCCAGGGAAUGCUGAUAACUGGCGCGCUAUGUGGGAGCAAAAGCCAACUAUUCCGGGAUGGCUGGCCGAGCGAAUCGAAGCAUAG